AUGAAGCGAUAUUCUUACGACCCUCUCGAUUCAUCCGUGGAUGGGAUUCGAGUAAGUGUUUGGCCCAAUGUAAUCAAGGCAUGAAUGCUGGCUGACUUGCCAGCUCCUGCAUCUAUUACCAGGGCUGGGUGCAAAGCAGCCUCGUUGUCUUCUUAAGCAUGUAACCUUCGGUGAACGUCCAAAGUACAAUGCUAUUUCCUAUACAUGGGGUCAUGAAGCUCGCCAACAACCCAUUGUUGUCAAUGAUCAACAUUUCCUUGUCACGAACAAUCUUUACGAUUCACUUGUCUGCUUACAGCAGCAAAGUACUGAAGGACUAGUUCUUUGGGUGGAUGCUAUAUGCAUAAAUCAAGAUGAUAUUGCGGAGCGGAAUCGUCAAUUGACAAUCAUGCCUUACAUCUAUGAGCGUGCAAAGCUUGUGGUACUUUGGUUAAGAAAUGACCAGCAUAUAAUCCUUCCAGUUUGGCCAGAGCCGAGGAAGAUACCGCCGUUUGAGAUCUCAGGACAUACUCAACAAUACGAAGAUCAACGACUACUAUUCAACUAUUUGAUGAUGAUAUGUUCAAAUGAGUACUGGAAUAGACUUUGGAUUAUUCAAGAGAUUGGGAAAGCUAGAAAACUGGUUAUCUCUUUUGGACAAGACCUCAUAGACUGGAAACGGUUUAUGGAAACAAUCAUCCUUUCAUGGCCAUAUCCCGGGUGGAUUGUGGAAGAAAUCAUGGAAGACACAGUGGACCCGUUUGAACCAAGGCUUCCAAGAACCGCAUUUUCGGAUACGGUUCCGUGGAAACUAUAUCAUCAAUUAUUGAAGAAAUAUGAUGGCGGUCACAAACUACACAACCUUAUGGUCAAUCACCGUCAUGCUUUGUGUAAAGAACCAAGAGAUAAGGUAUAUGGAUUGAUUGGUCUGGCUACGGAUUGCUAUGCAGGAUUUCCUUUGGAUUAUCGGAAAACACUAUACGAAGUCUGGAAGGAUACAGUAAUAUUCAAAAAUUCCGACACUCAAGUUCAUCAGGGUGAUAUCUUGAAGUUUAGUAAACUGGUUCGGGACUCUCUUGGUGGCCCAGGUAUUACGACGAUAAAGGAAAUUUCCCAAGACGCUUUUUUGAAGAUGCCUCAGAAGGAGAAUCGCGAUCGAUGUCUCAAAGACAAUAAUCCUACGGUGUUAAAAAUUCCUGCUCGUCUAGUGGGUCAAAUUGUGCAUCUGGGUCCCUCACAUGUACAAAUAAUGACCGACCUUUCCAAAACCGCCGACUGGAGGUUGAAUAUACAGCACCAUCUCCCUAAAGAAGUGCAAGCUAGCGUUCAGGAAGAAAGUGACUUGUUUUUGGAAUCACUAGAAGAUUUGGACGAAACCGACCUCAAAAUCGUGUCUACAUGUGACUUUGAAGUUUCAUGGCAUCCAGAAAUUAUGCCUCAAGGUCUGUCCGACCCGAAUAUAAUAUCCAAGAAAUUAGCUUUCGAGAAUGAGCCUUUGUUGCGCGACCGUUUUCCUCAUUCAUCAUCAGAUGUGCGGCAAUCCCUUUCCAGGUCUCCAGUAGAAGGAGCACGUUUAUUUCUUUUGAACAAUUCGAUUAAGAAACUUCCAGGCUUAGAUGGGACGCGUGCAACAUCAUCGGAUACACCUGGAAACAUGGGCCUUGGACCGGCAGCAGCUCGUGUGGGUGAUUACUUGUGUGAAAUUGUUGGGAUCAAGAGGGCUGCGAUUAUAAGGAGGAGCAAGAAUAAAUUAAGCUUCAUCGGAACUGCUGGAUUGGCGCAGCAGGCACAACAUGCUCGGAAAGGUAUAAAGUCCACACUCGGCGAAACUUUUUCUCCAUUUAGCCUGCCAAAAUUCGAGCACUCGGUGCUAGAUGAUAUGGUGGAUCUGUAUCUUUAUGUACCUCUGGCAUAUCAGCUCUUAGAUUAGCUCAUCUUUGUUCGCUAGACUGCAUCCUGUCCAGGGAUUAUUUAUGCCAGAAUAGGAGGUUAUAUACUGACGUAGGGAGGGGCGGACACCCCAAUUACAAGAUGAAUACCAGAGAGGUCUUCUUGAAGUGGCACUAGAUUUGAGUUGAGUGCAUUUCACCGCAAGCUACUCCUUCGCCCACUUGCGAAUGCUCUAAAAUCAGCCUCUAUACUCGGCCCCUUCUCGUAGGACUUCAAAAUUUUGCGGUAGAAUUUAUAUGAAGUAGGCUUGCUAAGCCAUCACCUAUGAGUUUUUAGCAGAAGUCCUUCACCAUGUUCUUAGAGCGGGUUUGGAAUAUUAUA